AUGGGCGCCAUUCGAAGAUCCUUGGAUGGACCCCCGAAAUUGAUACUUUGUGGUUGCGGUAGCCGUCUGCCUUCUUCCACUUGGAUGUCUAGUUGCCGGAUUGUCGCCUAUGUGUCGAUGCCAGCAGGUUGUAAGAACGGGUCAACACCGGCGACUUCGGGCCCGCAGAUGCGUGCCAGCAGAACCUGUGCCAGCGGAACCAGUGCCAGCGGAACCAGUGCCAGCGGAAUCAGUACCAGCGUAACCAACGCCAGCGGAACCAGUGCCAGCGGAACCAGCGCCAGCGGAACCAGUGCCAGCGGAAUCAGUGCCAGCGGAACCAGUGCCAGCGGAACCGGUGCCAGCGGAAUCAGUGCCAGCGGAACCAGUGUCGACGGGGUCGAAGCCAGCCAGUUGAUUGCGGCCAAUCGGAGCUUUGACGGCGAGAUUGCGGCCAAUCGGGGCUUGCCAGCGGGAUACAAUCAAGCCAACGGAUUGCGGCCAAUCGGAGCUUGCCAGCGGGAUUUGUUCCAGCGGAACCUAUGCCAGCAGGGUCGAUUUGAUUGCGGCCAAUCGGAGCUUUGCCAGCGGGAUCCAAUCGAGCCAAUGGAUGUUGUCGUCGGAUUAUUUAAGCAGAUGAAAUGCAGUGGAUAG